AUGACAGCUAUACACACUCCGACUCCCUCAAACAUACCUUCUUCCUCACAAGACAUACAAGGCUGCAACGACUGUCGUAGUUCAUAUCCACACAUAUCCCCAACAUCCACUCAGCCCCUCGUCGACCAGUCUGACUAUCCCCAGACACAUGACAUCGAGCAAUCGCGAGAGCUCUUCUGCUACUUCACUCCUAGUCCCAAGGUCUACCCUCCCCCAUCACCCACCACCGCCUCUCCGCCUCCACCUACCUCGUCACUGCCCUCCUCGUCCGCAUCCACUUCUGCUGACACCACCAACUUCAAUAGCACACAUCAACCAACUUCGCCGGGGCAGAACAGCAAUGAAGCCGAACUGAGCAAGCUGCCCACGCCCUCUAAGCUGGGGAAGAAAAAGAGCAGUGACGACCCCGCACUGACAGCGUUCACCCAGCUCACCGCAAUCAAACUCGGCUGCGAGCGCAGUAUGAUCAGUCUCAUUGACCGCUCCAAGCAGUACAUCAUCGCAGAGGCCACGCGCGACACGCCCAUCCACGCCGACGUGCCCGACACGGACCUCUGGCUCGGGUGCACGACGCUCGACGCCGCACCGGGGCUGUGCGUGCACACCGUGCAUCUCUUUCCCGAGAUCUUCUCUCCCCCCGCCUCGUCAUCAUCACCAUCACCAUCACCACCCCCGUCCACACCACCCCCCAUCCUCGAAAUCCGCGACCUAUCCACACACCCUGCCUUCCGCACGCGGUCCUACGUCACAUCCCACCCUUUUCUGUGGUUCUACGCCGGCACACCGCUGCGCUCGAAACACGGGUACAUUAUCGGCACGCUGUGCGUCACGGACCCGCGGCCGCGCCCCGAGGGGCUGAGUGCGGUAGAGCGGGAUAUGUUGGUAAGGAUGGCGGAGAUUGUGAUGGGGCAUAUGGAGAUGAAGGCGGAGGGGAGGGAGUUGGACAGGGGGAGGAGGAUGGCGCAGGGGUUGGGCGGGUUUGUGGCUGGGCAGUGGGAGGAGGGGGCAGGGGCGGGUCGAGAGGAGGAGGAGGAUUAUGCUGAGUCGUCGGUUGAGUCUGUGGACGGGAGCGUAGGGGAGGAGAAGAGGGGAGGACAGUGUGCCACUGCCGCUACGACUGUCACUGCUGCCACUGGCAGCACCAGCACCAGCACCAGCACCACGACCCAUACCAGCACCGGCACCGGCACUGGCACCACAGCCAGCCCCAGCGACAGAAAACGCAAGACGGCACGGAAGAAAUCCGGAACGGACGAACAGCCGAUGGCGAAGACGCUCGACCGCGCGAGCGGGAUCAUAUGCGACGUGCUCACGGCUGACGGCGUCGUGUUUCUCGAUGCGGAUUCCGCCUCGAGUGUGGGUGUCUGCUCGGGCGCGAACGAGGGCGAGGGCGGCUGCUCGGACGCGGAUUUGGGCAUGGGCUCCCUGGAAGGGGAGGUGCUCGCUGCUGCUGUGCGUGGAGAGGCGGAGAGCGGGUCGUGGUCUGAUCUUGGUGGGGGUUCGGAGGCGGGGGCGGGGGCGGGGGCGGGCGGGGAUCUGGGACGAGGCGUGGAUGAGGAGGGCAGAGGGGAGAGAGCGAUGGGCGCGUUGCGGGGGAUGUUGCUGGAGAUGUUUCCGGACGGGAACAUUUUUUCGUUUGGUGCUGCUGGUGCUAUUGGCGAAGGUGCGUCGCGCCAGAGGCAGAUGGUGCUGAGGUGCUUGCGGGCGCGGUUCCCGGGGAGCACGAGCAUCAUCUUCGUGCCGUUGUAUCACCCUUCCUCGUCAAGCUUGUCCUCGCCCUCAUCGUCAUCAUCAACGUGCUCAUCGAAAAUGAACCUCAACCCAAGAUCGCACCAUCGAACCGGCCCCACACCCCCCCUCCGCGCGCGCCCCAAACGCGCAUACGCACUCUUCUUCGCAUACACACAUGCGCCCCACCGGCUCUUCCAGCCCGAUGAACUGCACUGGACCCGCGCCUUCAUGCGCACACUCACCGCCGAGCUCGCCGCUCUGUCGAUCGCGCUCGCGGACCGCGCCAAGGGCGAUUUUAUCGUGAGCAUAUCGCACGAGCUGCGCAGUCCGCUGCAUGGGGUGCUGUGUAGCGUGGAGAGUCUGAGUGAGACGAGGCUGGAUGGCGUGCAGCGGGGCUUUGUGGAGGGGGUGGAGGUGGGGGGGCGGAUGUUGGUGGAGAUGGUGGAGCAUGUUUUGGAGUUGAGGAAGUUGGGGGGGUUGGAUGGGCGGGUGGUGGGGGUGGGGAUUGGGGCGGGAGGGGGAGAGGGUGCGUGUGUGGUGGGUGUGGCGGGAGGUGGGGGUGAGGGCGCAGGUGAGGGCGCAGGUGAGGGCGCAGGUGAGGGCGCAGGUGGUGGGGGCGGCGGGGUGGUUUCGCUCGCGGAGCCGACGGACGUGGCGCUGCUGACGGAGCAGGUCGUCGAGAGCGUGUAUGCUGGGUAUCGAUUCAGGAGGCGUUUGUUGUCAUCGUAUCCUUCGAGUUCAUAUUCCUCGUCGGUGCAGAGUCCAUCGCCGAAGAGCAGCAUCGAAGAUCUCGGACUCGAUCUCGCCGAUCUCUCCUCGGGUUCAAGCGGAGAGCCGAUGCGGAGGUAUAUGCUCAAGGGGCAGGGACCAGGACAGGGGGUGACGGUGGUGCUGGAUAUCGAGAGGCAGGAGGACUGGAUGCAUGUGGUGCAGCCGGGGGCGCUGAGGCAGGUGCUGAUGAACAUCUUCAGUGCAUCUUUUAUCUUCGUUCUUCGUCCGCACUCUUCUCUGGGCUUUGGUUGCUGUUUGUAUGUGGACGAAGAGCUGAAUGAUGCUUGUUUUUGCUUUUGCUUUUGUGUACAGCCAAUGCGCUCAAGAAAGGAUAGCGGCUACGUCCGCGUUGCGCUUUCUGCGACCGAUGUCGACGCCGACGACGACGAUUCCGCCUUUGACGGUGGUGCACCGUCGCACCCGCACCCGCACCCGCAAAAAUCGCGCGUGACCCUCACAGUGACCGACUCGGGACGGGGCAUCAGCCCCGAGUUCCUCAAGACACGCCUGUUCACGCCGUUCUCGCAGGAGGACGUGCGGCAGCACGGGACGGGGCUGGGUAUGGUGAUUGUGCGCCAGAUUGUGGGCCUCCUCGGCGGCGAUGUGGACGUGCGGAGUGUGCGUGGGGUCGGGACGGAGGUGAGGGUUGAGGUUGUGCUUGAGCGGCCGGCUGCUGCUGCUUCGACUUCGACUUCGCUGGACAACAAGUCGAUGCCGUCGUCGUCGUCGUCGUCGGCGCUGGUCCAGAGCCUGCCUAGAGAUAUCGGUGCAAGACCGGCGUUGGGACACGGGAGCGGUGUGGGGUUCGUCAAGGGCGUGCGUGCGCUCACGCAGGGGCGGACGGUGCUUCUCGCGGACUUUGACGCUGAGGAGCCGCAUUCAUCCGGCUCGUCUGGGGUUGGUGAGGCGCUCGCGUCGCCCGUAGGACUUGCAUCCGCAUCCACAUCCGCAUCGUCAUCGUCGCCGACGCCCAGCUCGCCUGGAUCUGUACGCUCUGUCCCGUCCGCGGCGUCCCUCGGAUCGACAAGAUCCUCGGUGGGCGAGUACGGAUUCGGCCCGGCUGCGGGGACGACGCUGUCUACGAGAGCGUCGCUUGCGCGUUAUUUAAAGGAGUGGUUUGGGAUGAGGGUCGUUUAUGGGCCGUUUGCGGUGGGCCACGCCCGUGCGACUUUUCUCGCCGGUGGUCCUCAGGGGCUAGGAGACGGCGAUGUGGACUUGGUUGUGGCGAACGAGAGCGAGGCGGUGGUGGAGUGUCUGCAUGAGCGGUCGUUGGACGCGAAGGGGUGGGCGGGUAGGGGGAGGACCGGUAGUGGCAACGGGGCUGGGAGAGGACGAGGGGGCGGGGAGCGGAGGAAGCCGAUGGUCGUGCUGUGUCAGGAUGUGGCGAGGUUUCAGGCGCUUGCGAAUGCGUUGCCCGAGGUCAAGUUUGAGGCGAGGCCAUGCGGGCCAUUCAAGCUCGCGAAGGCGCUCCAUUUCUGUUUCGAACGGGGACAAGGGCAGCCAACGACGUUCGCUGCAGUUGCGACGUCGGCAUUGUCGAUGUCCAGGUCGAGUCACAGUCAAUUUGCCUCUUCAACUUCAACCCGCCACACCUCUCCCCUUUCCCUGCCGUCCACGGCCAUAACGUCCCCGUCGUUGUCCCCGGCCGCUUCUACAUCCUCUUCUUUGCCUCCAUCGUGCUCGCCCGCCAUGUCCCCAUGGGUGAAACGUCCGACGCUGAAACAGGUCAAUUGCUCGAUCGACCAUCGCAUCGACGAUCUCAUUGUUCCCGCUGACUCGUUUCUCGAACGGCCCAAGCCUGACUCCGGCGCCGAGUCCCGCGGCCGACGUCUGAACGAAAGUGGCGGCAACAGAGGCUUUCUGACACCCCCAUCGCCGGCGGUGCGUUCUGAACGGUCGAGCGACAGCUUGAUCAGCAGCGGGAGCGGCUCGUCGUCGUCCAAUGGCACUAUGAGGAGCGCCAGCACGACGUCGUCGGUGUCGACGUCUAUGUCGAGUUCGACGCUCGCUGGGUCUGAUGUCGAAGACGAAGAUUACGAUGAGGUGUCUGGGGCAUUGGAUGAGAAUGGGGAGUUGAGCGACAAAGUGAGGAGGAUCGGUAAUGCCGAUAACGCCAUGGGGACGAACAAUGUUUUGGAGAUUGGAAUCGCUCCGCCUGAUGAUUUGUUGACACCCAGACCGAGGGAGGAGCCCAGGGAGGGCAUGAUUACGUAUGGAAAUCUCGCUGGUUUAGGGAGGAGGAUUGAGGAGGAGAAGCAGAAGAUGGGCGGGAGGACGCUGUCGCCCGAGCGCCCGAGCGUGCAUACUCAGCUUGUGCCGGCGGUGCUUGCCCCAUCGUCAGCCGUGCGGGCGAAGGCAGCAGCUGCUUUGCCGCCACCGCCUGUGCCGCCUGUGUCUCCGGCUGCAGACCCUACGAGCAUGACUGCUGCUGCGCCUGCGCCGAUCCCGUCUGUGUUGGUGGUUGAGGACAACCCUAUAAAUCUUAUGCUACUCUCGGCGUUCCUCCAGCGAAAGCGGUAUCCCUACGCCAAGGCUGAAAACGGCCUCAAGAGCGUCGACGCCGUCCGCAAGCGCGCGCAGCACUUUGAUGUCAUCCUCAUGGACCUUCAAAUGCCCGUCAUGUCCGGGUUCGAAGCCGUGCGCGCGAUCCGCACCCUCGAGGACACGAGCGAGGGGCGCAUGCCCCGCGCGCUCGUCAUCGCGCUCACGGGCCUUGCCGGGCCUGACGACAUCGACGAGGCGUACAGCGCGGGCGUGGAUCUACUCAUGACGAAGCCUGUCUCGCUCAAGACGGUGGAGAAGGAGCUCGAUAGGUGGAAGAAAGACAGGCAGGCGCGCGCAGCGUCCAUCUUAAAAGGACGAGAGGUGGGGCGAGAGAUUCAACCUGCCGGGAUGCCCUCGUGAGUGUAAGCGAUUGAACUAACUUUUGAUGUGCACGGUUUCGCGCGAUUCCUUUGCAUUUUAUCUUACAUCUGACCCACACGGUCCUAAUUUUGUCAUAUCCCCGUUUUGUUUUCGUUUGCUUUAUUUCUUGCACGCUUGCUUUCAUCUAAUGUUUCUCUCGUUUCUAUGUUUUCGCACUCAGCAUCUCGCAUCGUGGAUUUCUAUAUUUUACCCUCGGACCUGUACCCAUAUCUUAAACCUCUCCGCUACUUACAUGUAUCAUUC